AUGAAGGCGAACUCCAUAGCUCCAUCUAGAAGUGGAUUCUUCCUUCACCGGAAUCACCAACUUACAAAGUCUGUGAUAUUUCCAACCGAAAUAACGAACCAAAGAACUGAGCCACCAAAGAUAAGUCUUUCAUCAGUGCAGGGAAGUUAUCGGGAAGGAGCCUUCGUUAACGUCAACUGCACAGCAUCCGGAAUUCCAGAACCAGCUGUUACGUGGAUCAGAGACGGAACAGUGAUAAGUUCAGGGAAGGGAGCGGCACUUUUGAAGUUCAACAGUCUUAAAAGAACAGAUGGUGGAUGGUAUUUAUGUGUAGCAAACAACACGGCUGACACCAUAACCAAUCACACUGUACUCCUGGUCUACUACCCUCCAAUUAUAGAAAAUGUGACCACUUCAUCCAGUAAGUCUAGUAUUGGUCAGACGGUGACUUUGAAGUGUCUUUCAGACGGUGUUCCCACACCAAUACUCACCUGGUACAAACCAAAUGGAAUGGAAAUUCGUAGAAUCAGAGCCAGAGAAAACAAAGCGCAAGUGACGCUCAGGGAAGAUCAAGAUUUUGGUGAUUACAAGUGCAUUGCUGCCAAUGGACUGAGUCCCUCUGACGACAGAAUAGUAAAAAUAACACAGAUAAAACAGUGGAUAGACGAAGUUUUUCUUUACUGUUUUUAG